ACAAAUACGCACUUCCGGUUUCUACACGCUGCUUCUCUAGCUCACAACCAACACAUCUCUGCUGUUCUGUGAAAACAGAGAAAAAUCUGCAAACAUGCCGAAAGCCAAGAAGUCAGGGAAAAGAAAGAAGUUCAAUUACAACUUAGACCGGAAGAAGAUGAAGAAACAAGCUAUCAAGAAAUGCAAACCGAGGAUAGAAAAUUCACAGAUUCGAAAUGCAUGGGACGACAAGAAGUCAACGUCCAGGAACUUGCAGGACAUGGGUCUGGCUUUCGAUCCAAACCGCUCGCUGCCAAUACAAAAGAAGAGCCUCACCCGUGAAGACAGAGUAACUAAGGCUCCUGUCGAGACCGUGACCAAGCCCUACGUUGUCAACCAGCUGGAGGAGGAGGCCAACCGUCUGCAGAAAGACUCCAAGACGUUAUCCUCAGACCUGAUCGAGUAUGCACAGUACAUGAUCCGAGAACACAAGGACAACUUCAAGGAGAUGGCCAGGGACGAGAAGAACUACUACCAGGACACACCCAAACAGAUCAAGAGGAAACUAAUCGAGUACCAGCGCUGCCACAAAGAGCAUUACAACACCUUCAUGAGCUCACUAGCACCCCAGCCCAUAGACCAGUAGAGGAAAUAAGACCCUUUCUCUGGACUUUAAACCAUUCUCCCUAUAGAAUCUCAUUCUGGACAGACUGUCGAGUGCAAACAGGACAGAAGACCAGAAGAUGCACUCAUAACACCACCAAGAAUCAUAAAAACCAUCAGUGACAGGAAGUGGAGACGAGUAUUACUUGUCUUGUUAAGGAUCUCUCUGUUACUUUCUUCCUCGUUCAAAUUUCCAUUUUGUUUCCAUGGAUAUAUUCCUGAUCUCACUUCUGUGUUUUAACUGUAUAACAUGAUUGAUUUUUAUUGUCAUUUAAAAACCCUAAAUCUCAUCUCGUAAUGUGUUUUUCUUUCCCUGGGAUGAACAGUAUCCUCUCAUGCACACUGGAGAGUUGUCUGAUGUUUCCUGACGUUCCUAUGUUUUCCUGAUUCUCACACAGGAUAUUUUUAGAUCUUCAGUUAAAGUGUCAGAUGUUGAUGUUCUCAGCAGCAACAUGUUUUUAACUUCACUGGGUACUUUGCUGUAAAAACAUGUUUCUCCAUUUUUAAAACAUAAAAACUCAUUCAUAACCA